AUGGAAUCCAAUUCACUUUCAAGCUUUGUGGGAAUUCUAAGGGAAUCCCUUCUCAUUUUCCUGAAAAACAAACGCCUUAUGGUCUCCAUAGCCUUGCUCAUCCUUCUUCUCCAAUCCUUCCUCGUCUUGUGCAAUUUCUUCUCCAUUAUGCCUUUGACGCAAGAUUUUCUCAUGAAGCAAACUGAACUUUUAUUCGCAAGUCCAGGUAGCUCUCAGUAUACCGACAUCGUUGCCUCUAUGACAUCGUAUUUUCGCAAAUUUGCAGGACUUGAAUGGUUCUUCAUUCUUGCUCUAUUCAUGGCUUCUGUAUUCUCAUCAGCCAUUACUAUUUUGGCUUCAGCUGUAACUUAUGCAGAAGCAAACUUAUCUUUCAGAGAUUUGCUAUCAAGAGUAUUCAAAUCUUGCAAAAGGCCAAUAACCACUUGGUUCUACAUAUCUCUCUUCAAUCUUGGUUACAUUUUCCUUGAACUGUCUUUCAUUCUUCCCUUCUCUGUGAAUUUUUCUUCUCCAUUAUUUCGCCCAACAACCUUUGCCUAUGUCCUGCUGAUUCCCGUAUCAGCUUUCCAAAUGUACCUCUCAGUUUUCUGGAAAAUGUCUCUUGUCAUUUCUGUACUUGAAGAAAAAGUGGUCUUGAAGCAUUUGGGAAGGCUUCGCAGAUAUUGA